AUGGACACCCAGAAAGACGUUCAACUCCCAAAGCAGCAGCCAAUGAUAUAUAUUUGUGGGGAGUGUCACACUGAAAAUGAAAUAAAGUCCAGGAAUCCAGUCAGAUACAGAGAAUGUGGAUACAGAAUACUGUGCAAGAAAAGGACUAAAAUAUUGGUAGUUUUUGAUGCUCGAUGCAAAGUGACAGGUGGCUUCCUGAUCUGGAGGGGAGCCAACGACACAGGAGCAGAGAAGCACCUGAGCAAGCCGGCUUGGUUUAAGUCUCCCAGGGUAUCACCGCGAGAUCACAGAAUCUCUGUCACUCCUAUUUCACGGUGA